AUGCGACAGGGUAUGCGAUUGCUCGCGGCUGUCUCGCGUGGACAGUCGUCGAAGCUGAGGAAACCGGCCGUCAGCCUAGACCAUUUUAUUCAGAGACAGCGGGUUCUUGGUCUUUGGCGGGAGAUUGUCAGGGCGCUGCACAAGAUCCCACCGUCAUCAACUCGAGAUGAACUGCAUAACUAUGCCCGACAUGAGUUCGAGCGACGUCGCGACAUCACAGACUUGCAACAUAUCCGGUACUUGCUUUCGACAGGAAAGGCCGAAUUUGACACCAUGAGACGGUAUAUAGACGAGCAAGUUGUAGGCUGA